AUGGAGUGGUUAACGAGCGCCGAGGGCCUGAAUGCCUGUCAGGAGCUGGAGGCGUCCGUUCGUGAGCACCACCCGAACUUGCGUGAUGAGGAGGUCGACCUCAUUGUGGAUGGUCGUCUACUAUGCAUGGUUCGGGAGCGCGCGGCGGAGCAAGCACCUGCGAGUGGCCAGCAAGGAGGAACCAGUGAAGGAGGAGCUGUGCACGAGGCUCCAACUGUCGUGGGCGUUGGUGGAGGAGCUGUUGCACCGACCAUUGACACGGGAAUGAUCGGGGCGAGCUACGACCAAUUCAAGUUUGGAGUAGAGCACAUCUCCGUGAUGCCGCUGCUAGAGGGAAGGCACGACCUUACUGCGUGGGUCAGCGCCAUCCGACCUCAGCUCCAGUGUGCUGAUUUGUGGCAGUUUUGCAACGGGACAGCACCAAGACCGGCCCCGAACAACCCCUUGCAACGAAGGGAGUACGCAAAGGGCCAAAUGCUUGCAUUCAUGGUGCUGAACCGAUGUGUUUCUCCACCCAUCCGAAUGUCCAUCUCUGGUUUCUCUCAGCAAGAGAAAGCCGGGCAGCUAGCAUGGGCAUAUAUCUUGUCUACUUAUCAAGUUCGUGAUGCCCUCCACGCUUCCCUACUUCAGACCCAGUUAGCCCAACUCAGGAAGGGAGAUGAUGAGACGGCGGAAUCCUACUGCAAUAGGGCCCGCACUAUCCGAGCGGAGCUGCUGACCAUUCGACAGGAGGUCCACAUGGCCACGUUUGCCGCCCACGUGCUGAAGGGCCUACCACCGGAGUACGGAUUUCUUCGCCGCAAGCUCGAAAUUUCCAGCCCUGACAUGACGGUGGAACGCGUGUGCAGCGAGGUAUUGAUGGAGGAGCAGACUCUCUCCAUCGAACAGAGUUACAAGCAGAUCACCAGCGAUGCAUCUGCUUUCUCGGGCGCUGUCAACACCAUCGUGGCUACAACGGGGGUCAACGGGAAGGAAGGAAAAGGAGGAAGGGAGCAGACGGACAAGAAGAAGGAUGGCAAGCGGGAAAAGAAGCGAGCCCCCUUCAAGGGGCGCUGCUACAACUACAAUGAGGAGGGGCACAUGGCUGCAAAGUGCCCCAACAAGAAGAAAGUUACAACGCCCGCGGCAGCCGCGAACGUAGCUGAAGGAGACGGGAAGGGCGUGGCGCUCACCGUCGCGUGUUCGGCUGCAAAGUUGCUGGCCGACGACAAGGACUUGUGGUUUCUUGACUCAGGAUGCUCCCAACACAUGACCGGCCGCAAGGAGUGGUUCACGGUGAUCCGUGACCCAUCUGCAACGAAAUCAGUCAAAGGGUUUGAUGGUUCUAUGCAGGAAGUUGCCGAUGCAUUUGCUGAGGUGGUGUCAAGCGCGCCGGAAGAGAAUGACGAAGCGGCCAGCCUCACAACAUAUGCGGUGGGGACCGAGGCGAUGCUCAACCUACGGCACACUCACCUUGAGAAUGACCAUGCUGGUGCGGUGCAGUGGACAGCCACAAACAGUGGCAUGCUAGGCAUGGACCUAGAGAAAGGAGGGGAGGACACGUCGAGCGCCUCCUCCCAAGAAGCCAAACUCACUCGUCAAACGCUUCCGCUACCUGACGAGCGAGAGGGGGAGGUUCUUGGGAUGGUCCAUGGCCCUGGGCAGAAUCAACCGCCGUCACGUACCGUCAUCAUAAUCACAGUGCCGUCCGUGCAAGGGGGCGAACAACCGUUUGAUCGUUCGGUUGACCCUGCGGGCAGCAACGCAACCAUGGCUCCACCAGCUCUCUGUCCAUCCUUAGCUGCUGGCUUGGCACCUGUGGGACCAGAGGUUGGUCCCUCCGCGGAUGAACGUCGUGCAGCUGAUGAAGACAAGGAAGGAGAGGCAACGGACCUGAAAUCGGCGGCAACCCAUGGGAAGGACCCCAUACCCACGGUUCCGCCCCUCCAGCCCACUCCCCCACCCCCAUGUCAUUCUAGCAGGUCCAACAAGGGUAUGCCACCUGUACAGUUUCCCACAUCAACCAUGACGGCCUCGGAUGCGGAUGAUGGCAACAACAUGUACGACAUGGCAUUCCUUGCUGGAGGUGUUUAUGGCACGGACAUCUACUAUGAUGUGGAGUACUUGGAUGAGGUUGAUGAGGAGGAAGGGGGAUUGGGGAGCGUCAUCAUCAACCUCGGAGUAACCUUGACCGGACCUGAAGGCAAGGUGGUGGACAAAGGUCUCCUCGUGGUGGAAUACAUGUCAUCCACGGAAGGCUAUCUUGGUCUGCAGAUUGUGCGCGACCGCCCCAACAAGUCACUCCUCCUGCACGAGAAUGCAUAUGUGGCGAAAGUGCAGCAGCGGUUCUUCAAGGGGGCGCCACCGAAGAAGCAACCGAUCACCCCUCUCUCCUCUACCAGCUUUGUCAUGGAGGAUGCUGAGCUGUUUGCCGAUCGCACCAUGACCGACCGCCUUGCAGCAGUGGACCGUUUCCUGCAAUCUUUGGUGCGUUGGAAUCGUGCUUUCAAGCUCUAUCAAGCUGCUAUAGUAGUGGAAUUCUACAGGGAGGUGGCGGGGACAGGGGGUGGGGGAGAGGUCUGGCCGCUGUGUGAAUGGCUCUACAGGGACUACCGUGGGUGGGGAAGGGUCUGGAGGAAGGAAGGGGGGAAGGGAGUGAGGUUUCAGGGGGGUGGCUGA